AUGGAUAUUAUCCUAUCACAGACAGUCUGGAAAGAAGAGUUCUGGCAAAACCCUUGGGACCUGGGGGGCCUGGUCAUCAUUGGCUUGCUCAUUGCCACAGUCCUCUUGCUCAUCUUGUUUGCUGUUGUGUUCGGGCUCCUGCCUCCGUGUGAAGCAUCCAGCUCCUGUGAAGAGGCAGCUGAAUCCCUGGGGGUUGAAAAGGCGUCAGGGGAAGAAGGCUGA